AACAAAUAGCAGACAUUCUACAAUGAAGUACAAGGUUCCUUUGUGUAUAUUUCUGUUAUCUCAAACAUCAUGGGUUAUAUCGUACUUACUAAGUAGAUGGAAUCUUAUGCAAAGUCAAGUUUCAGUUUUUAUAGCUGGAGUUGUAACUCUUGCAUUGGUUACUGCAGUGCCUUAUGUCUUAUUUCUUAAGCUUUUUAAAAGAGUCGAUCCGAUAGUGCUGGUACUCACGGUAUUCUGUUGGUCAUGCAUGAUUGAUCUCAGCAUAGGAUUAGAAAUUGAUGGCUUUAUAUCUAAUUUUAUGGGCUUUUAUUUUGCUGAGGGAGAGCCCUAUCUCCAAACAGCACAUGGUGCAGUGAUUUGCUACUGGGAUGGCAUAGUUCAUUUUGUUCUUGGAAUGGUGAUCAUAACACAGUACACUCAAAGGCAGAGCUAUCGCGCUGUAGGGUUGUACUGGGUUGGGUCAAUAUUAAAUAGCAUGAUUGUUCUUUUACCUGGAGGUAUUGCAGGGAAUCAUCCGUUCAAGCUGUCCAUAUUGUUAAAUAUACCAUACCUAAUAUUACCCCUAUUAGCGGGUUUUAAAUUUUUACGUGAAAGACCUGUAGGCCUGCAAGAAACCAAAGUUAAAAAGUUCCAUACAAUUUUAAACCGUCCUGUUGACUUCUUAUUCUUCAUUUAUUUCAUUGGUGCAAUUUUACUGUCAAUAUUCAGAGGAUUGGCUGUUCUUAAUGGAAAUGCAUUAUCAAUGAAAGAAUAUAUAAAGUCAUAUGAGCCUUACUUGGUUGAUUUAUCAAAUUUUCCAAAAUUCCAGAUGCUUGUUUAUGGAUAUUUCUUCUUAGUAUACUACUUGGCUGCAGCUUACGCAUUACUGUUCCCUGGCCAACAGUGGAUGGCGGAUUGGUCUCUUAUUCACGCUGGAGCAUCAGCACAAGCUCAGUUUUCUCAUAUAGCAGGGUCAUUACACCACAGGACACCUAUGCCAUUGCAUCCACCAACUACUGGAAUACCAUGUCUGAUCUUUUGGCUUGUCAACAUAAUUUUGUUGGUCAUACCCCAACUCUUUGCCUGGAGAUGUUACUGCAAUCCUGAGAGCUUUGGUCCAAUUAGCAAUGUAGGGCAAUCAAAACACAAACAUAAAAUACCAUCAAGAAAAGCCAAUUAAGUCAACAUUUUAAAUUUAAAAUUUAUUUCAAUAAGUUCAUAAAAUCCUCAUCAAUUUUACAAUCUUGGUUUGUAAUAACAUAAUGAUAAAAUAUGUGUUACAUUUUUAAAAUGACCAUCUCGCAUCUUUUGGUUCUUCUAUCCAAAAUCCCUGAUAUUAGUGUCAUAGGCUAUAUUAUUUAAGGAUAAAAGUGUUAUGAAUGUCAUUCAAUAUAAUAUAAAAGUUGGGCAACUGUGUUAAUGUGAGAAUUAUUUUUAUUAUUCUAUGGAUUUUUAACAGAAUUUCCCUGGCAUUUUGCAAUCAUGUUUUUAAAAAAUACUUCCACCUUGUAGAAUCUGGACAUUUUUUGUUUUAGUCCUAUAACAAUAAAUAGUUG